ACGUCAACGUUGAACGUCGGUAUUAUGUGUUUUGUUUUAUUCGCGUUUAAAAUAUUUAAAACAAGUUAUUAAUGAUCCAAUCCUUAUCAUAUUCUCUGAUCCAAUUUUACUUAUCGUUUUUUAAACAAUCUAAACCAACCUGUGUUGAGGGUAUUAGAGAGGACUACAAUCGGCGCCUUUUUGCAGCUUGUUGGAUUUCAAAAUGGCGUCUAGCGUGUUUAUAGUUAGACGCGGUGCUUGUGUUCUAAGUGGCUAAAUAUAGAGGAGUUUUAAAUACAAGUGGCAUAACUUUAUAAGAAAAAUGGCCAAUACUGUAAUAACUAACUAUACAGAUCUCAAUGGACCUUCAUCUAAAUCUGAUAGUUCAGUUGUUGUUAUUGUCAACAAGGAUGGAUCUCUGUCUGUGGAUCAAAACUUAUUGGGUACUCUCAUGGGGACUGAUGGAUCACAAAGUGCUGGUAUAAGUGUAGUCCGUGUUGGCCAUGAGGGCCGGCCCGAUGAUGCCACUGAUUCUGAAAAUGAAGAUGAUAAGAUACCACAUGUCACACUAUCUGUUGAUAGCUAUUAUAAUGAACCUAACAGCAUUAUCAAGUAUGACAGUGGAGCUGAAAUGUUACAGUCUUUAAGGAUAGAAACAAGAGAAAAUAGUCUAGUGGGAUUUCAAAAUGAUCACUGCUACACAUCACUUACAUCACCAAGCCAAGUAUUACCACAAGGAAAUGAAGCAUUUAUUGGUUUUGAGGAUCCAGUCAUUGAAAUAACACACACUGCACCACCAAAACCAGUUCAAAGUAAUAAAAAGAUCACUAUUUUGGAGCAGCAGAUAAUACCUAAAGGUAAAAAGAUAAUCAUAAACCCAGCAGAAGCAUCUGUGAUAUUGAAGGGUAAUGACCUUUUACAUAAACCUCUACCUGUCUUUACUAAAUCAAAGCAACUUGAUGCUGAAAGGAAAGCAGAAGCGGAGAAAAAAAAUGAAGAAAACACCGAUUCAUCAUCAAUCAGUUCAUCAAGUGAAAGUGCACCAGACAGAGACUCCGAUUCUGACUAUAAAGAUACUAAGGACAGGUCAUUGUCCAUGAAGUUAAAGAAAAAUAAAAUAAAACCAAGGAUUUUAAAGAAUGCUAUGUCUUUGAAGGAGACUAAAUCAGAUGUUAAAAUUGCAAAACCUAAAGCUAAUAGGAGCAUAGUUCGAAAGGAUAUAAGAGAAAAGAUUCAACAAAAGAAUGCUAUGUUUGAAAAGAAAGAAAUAGAAUCGGCAAUGACCCUAAAUAAGGAAAGUCUUCUAUCACCUGUGACCGCUGGGACAAUUACUGAUCAGGGCAAGGUAGUUUCCAAACAAGUACAAAAAGCUAUGAAAAAGGAAAAGAAAACCCCAGCACAUGUGACUGCUCUGCUCUCGGAUAUGACAUCCUUGUUCUCAACUCCAGAUGUUAUAAGGAGAGUAUCUACAGAUACCAAAGUUGUGUCUAAACCUGAAAAAGAUACCAUGCCUACAAAUAAAAAAUUAAACCUAACUUUAAAAUCACCAGAGAUACAUGAUGCAAAGGUUAUGGAACCUAAGAAUGAUAUUUCAGAUAAGCUUAAAUCUCCAGUGGUACAGAAAACCUAUCUAAAGCAAAGUAAUAAGGUUCCCAUAGAAAAGCCUGGAAAGAGUUUUGAUGCUAUCCCACAGUUAGAUGAUGCAAGUCUAGCACAAAUUCUGCAAGAUACAGCAACAACACCUAUGAAAAUCCAACCAAAUAUAUCUUCAAAUGCUAGCCCAGGUUUGACUGGGCCAUUAUUACCAUCAUUGGAUCUUUCCGAUUUACAACCAAUAGAAGAAGGUUUACCCGAAGAUGUAUUGAUGCAUGUUGCACAACUAGUGGAAAGCUCGGAGAAUUUACAGGAGGUUAUUGAUAAACAAGUUCUCGGUAAAGUUGAUACAUUAUCUAAAAUGCAACCUUUAGUCCCAUCAACGAUGCCUCAACAUUCUCCAACUACAAUGGCAUCUUCUCUACAAAUGUCUAAAACAAUGAAAACAAUGCUGCCUAAAAAAGAUCCAAUAGAGAUUGUGAGGAGAGAUGGACGUGUCAUUACUUUACCGCCUAUUGAGGCACCAGCCACAAGAGCUUCUAAACGGAAAAGUCAAGUUGAGUCUACUGGAUCCAAUAUGGGUACUCCAGUAGCGGCCGCACCACUGUCUCCAGUUAUACAAACCCCUGAACCUGUGCUCCAACAUGUCUCAAAGCAGUAUGUUAAUAGGAAAUUAAGUACAAGGAAGCAGGAAACAGUUCCUGUAGUCGAAGAACCUUCUGCUGAAUCUCAAGAAAGCCUAAACUCUGAGGAUGAUCCAAACAGGCUAUGGUGUAUUUGUAAACAGCCACACAACAACCGUUUCAUGAUCUGCUGUGACAGUUGCCAAGAUUGGUUCCAUGGAAAGUGCGUUAACAUUACAAAGGCAAUGGGUCAGCAAAUGGAAGACCAAGGCAUUGAAUGGAGAUGUCCCAAUUGCGUCAAAAGCAUUAAAACUAAAACUAACAAGGUUGCUGCAGCUGCAAAAAAUGUUGAAAGUCACGAAACAAGAUCACUUGCAUCAUCAAUACUGCCCAAAGACACGGGAUCUAAAACAAACUGCAUAGUGUGUAAGAAGUCAGCCCGAGCAAGCAGCAUUUACUGUAGCGAUGCUUGUAUUUUGAAACAUGCACAAGAUUCUUUAGGCAGCCAACCUCAAUUGAAAACAGAUGAAGCGGGACCAGAAAAAAUAAAAGCAGAGUCAAGGGUCAUCGUAUAUGAACGAAAGUCUGGAAGAUUACUGGCAGGACCAAAUGCUCCGACUGCAGAAAAUCUCAAGUUGUGGCUGCAAAAGAAUCCAACUUUCGAAGUUGUUCGCCCCGGUACACUCAGCACUAUCAAACCAAAUCCAUCUCGUAAGAAGUCUGUCGGUGAACCAAAUAAAAUUCAGACAACGUUAAACUUUGAGAGAUUACCUAAGAAACAGACUGAACUGUUGAAACAAGGUCCACAUGAUUUCAAAGAAAAAAUUUCAGUCAAACCGGUUACACCAAAAGAAGAAGCUAAACCGUUGCAGACUAAAUUUUUGGCAACACCCAAGUCCAUAACUCAGCCUCAGAUCUUAGACACUCUGAAGUCCCACAAUACUGCUCCUGUUACUAGAACAAGUGAAUCUCGUAAGACUGUACGCGCCUCAAACAGAUCUCAGUCAUCACAUGAAAAGACGCCAUCAGUUACACCAACGACGCCGCGGAGGAAAGACGUCUCCGAGCCUAAAAUGAAAUUAACGUCGGCAGAACCGAUCAGGGACAAUGUAAAGAAAGCUCUGCAAGAGCAGAUGAGCAUCAGAAUGGCUGAGACUUCGGGUCCUAAAUUUACCGAGGACGAAAUUCUGCAAUUUGCAAUUGACACAGAAUUUGAAUUGCACGAACUAUUCCGAGAUGUCGGUAUGAAAUAUAAAGCCAAAUAUAGAUCCCUAAUGUUUAAUAUUAAGGAUAGGAAAAAUCUAUCGCUCUGGCAGAAAAUAUGCGAUCGUACCAUAACACCUCAACAGUUGGUAAGAUUAUCCCCAGAAGAAUUAGCCAGCCAAGAACUAGCGCAAUGGAGAGAUAAAGAAGUUAAGCAUUCGCUAGAAUUGAUAAAGAAAUCUGAAUUAGACCUUUUGGCUGCAAACAAAACGUAUGUGCUGAAAACACAUAAAGGAGAAGAGGUAAUGGAAACGAAAGAGUCAGUAUCAACAGAGUUAGAUCCCAAUGUUCCAGUGGAAGAUGUUGUGACAGCUCUCAAUGACUCAAUGGGCAAUGAGCAAGCUGCACAGGAAACUAAGGAUACGACUAAGAAAACUGAAUCGGUCAGUCAUAAAUCAAGUAAAAAGCAUGGCAGUAGUAAAAAGAAGGACAAAGAGAAUGGAAUAUCGAGCCACUCUAAAAGUAAACGUGAAUCUAAGAAGGAUUUAGAUAGUAGAAAAUCACGAUCAUCACGAAGGAAAUCAACAAGAAAAGAAAAAGAGGAGCACAGACGCAGAUCUGAUAUGAAAUCUAGAUCACGAUCGCAAUCCAGAUCGAGAGUGGACUCCGGUAAAGACAAGGCAGAUUCCAGUGAGACAUCGAAACACAGGUCUAGAUCCAGAUUGAAAUCUAAGAGGCAUUCUAAAGAUAGCGCGAGAUCGAUUUCACGAGAGCGCGAUCGCUCGCGUUCUUCGGGACGUUCGCGACGGCGCUCCCGCUCCAGAGAAUCAUCUAGACGUAGAUCAAGAUCGAAACAUAGACAAAGUACAGAAGACAAGAUUAAACAUAGGUCCAAAUCUCAAGAGAAUACAUACAAGAGCAAAAACGAUUCAACAGAUUCAGAUUCUAUUGAAAGACCGAAAUCGGCAAUGCUUAAAGAAACUCAUCCGGAAUACGAUCCACAUGAACCGAUGAUAACAUCGGCGUUUUCCGAAGAAGAUCUACGAAAGUCUAGAGAAGAUGUUUAUGAUGAUUAUAAAAAUGAAAUAACUAAUUAUAGUGAAGUCGACUAUGAUCCAUCAAAGUCUUUCUCAAUCAACACCAGUAUAAUACCAACAGACACAUACUUACCAAAACAUGAUAAAGCACCUGAAGUGGAGAGUGAUCAGGAGCCGAGCAGUACUGUAGAGAACUCCGCACCGAUUGUUUGGAAUGGCUGCAUCAAUAUGGUGGAUGUCGCUAGAUUCUAUGUCGCAGCCCACGAAGUUUCAGGCAAUGCUAUGGAUUUAGAAGAAGAUCUAGCCGCAGAGUUGGAUGUAGUCGGUAGAAUAAACCCGGAGACUGUUUGGGAUUAUAUUUUGAAAAUGAAACGAGCCGGCAACAAAGAUAUUGUCAUACUGAGAUUGCAAGCCGCAAAUGAUGAAGAAAAAAUGCAAUAUAUAGCCUUAUACAGUUAUCUUAGUAGUCGAAAUAGACUGGGAGUUGUCAAAGUGUCAAACACUGCGACAGUGAAAGACUUCUACAUCGUACCAUUGUCUGCGAACUCGUCUUUGCCCCCGGUUCUCCUCCCUCUAGAUGGGCCUGGUUUGGAAGUCAAGACACAUCUACUUAUAGCGAUAGUUAUACGACAGAGAAAAAAAAGAUUGCCUCCCAUUGUUCCCAAAGAAAUCAUUCCCGCUAAGGUGAUAGGCGAGGCUCGCAAGCGGUCGUACACGCCGCCGGUGGGCGGGCGCGGUUUCACACCGCCCAGCUCGCCCAAGCGCCGUGCACUUCCACUGCCGACUUACACUUCGCCCGCUCUCUCCACCUCUGUUAAAGACAAGAUCGCAGCCACCUUAGCGUCCGCGGACGACGAGGAGGCGUACAGCCCGGGCUCGUCGACGAGUAGCGGCUCCGCGCCCGCCACCACCUCGCUGCGCACCAAGAUGGAGGAGCUCAACAGACAAAUUGAAGAACAGAAGCAGCAGAUAUUGAAGAUGGCCCAGGCGGAUUCAUCUAUAAUAGAUCAUGCGGAGGAAGCAUAUUCUCCGUCGCGUCCGAUGACGCCGCCGGAGAUGGAGGCGGGCGGUGCGGUGAGCGCGGCGGGCGCGGUGCCGCUGGCCGACAUCGCGCUGCCCUCCAACCUGCAGGAGAUCCUCGCCUCCAUCAAGCAGCGCGCCCCUGCUGCCCCUGCUGCCCCUGCUGCACCAGCACCAGCCGCCUCAGUCGCGGACGUCGACAUGCGCCAGCUGCCUCCGGCGUAGCGCACACGAGAUCUCACACAACAUGACAACCUGACAUGCGUAUCAACACAAAUCUAGUGAUUACACACUAAAUAGACAAUGCAAAUAACAAAACUCGAUGCACAUUGAACAUUGAUAACAAUACAUAAAACGGGGGUAGGCACCAUUCUUGGUCGCAGUUUCAAAUGAAUCACAAGUUCGGGUCAUAUUUAAAAUCAAGAGAAAUUAUUUUUGUAUAAAUACAUAGUCUCAAAAGACUAAAGUGGAAAAAAAUUAAAUAAGGUUUUUAGUGCCUAUUCAUUUUAAUUUUUGUGUUAGAAAUAAAGUGGAUCACUUGGUGACUAAAGGUUUGCGACCCUGGACCUUAAAGGUUUCUACAUCAACUUUAGCAAACAUGCCUUGCUGCCCCGGACUAGAAACUCGAAGUGUAAUACACCUCUAAUUGGUUCUCCUAAUAUUGCAAGAAUAUAAAAUUAUGCUAGCACUGACCGACAUGCUCCUUGCAACUAUUGUACAUAUUACUGGCAACAUUUAACUACUUUUUCUGAAACUCCACCAUAAGUACAAUAUUUUUCCCUUUUUGCAUUUAUACAACAUUCUCUUCAAUAACAUGUGCUAACAUUUAAAUUAAAAACGCACAUCUUUAUAAAUACACUGAGUACAUAUUAUAAUAAUUAGAUAAUUAGUUUGCAUAUAAUUGCACAAUAAGAAAUCAUGUUAACAAUUCGUAAUUAAUCAUUUUCGAGUUAGGAUUGUGUUGAUAUACUUGGAGUGCUUUUUGCAUACCGCCUUAUUAUAGCAGAUCAUCUAUAAUAUAAUCUAAAAAGGUUUUUCUUUCUUAUUAUUAAUGUUGACAUUAUGUAUUUUGAUUUUUUUUUGUAUACAUAAAAUGCAUGAAGUAUAUAGCACAUAGUAAGUUUUAAAUAUGCAAGGCAUAUUUAGAGUAAAAUCGUGUGCAAUUGUAGGUAGAAGUAAGGUUUGUGCUUCACUAGAUGAACGAAGAUUGUAAAGAUAUACAUGUUUAAUUAAUUAAAGUUUAAAAAUCACUUUGCACACAAAAAUUG